UACACUAAUUUCUCAUAUCCACAACCUGAGCCAGUGGUAAUCUUCUGAGCAGAAUGUCAGUGUCUCUGUUUGCUUUUGUGUGUUGCCUGGUAGCAGGAGUUGCCCUGGGAGCACAUUCGAAUGGAAUUGACUACAAUCAUCAGGAAUUGUGGGGUGGUGUCUGCGUUACAGGGAACAAAGGUCACCAAUCUCCCAUCAACGUCAUCACGGCAAAUGUGGUUCAGAACCCACGCCUGGCAGCCAUUAAGUUCAGUAACAAUUGGAAACUGGCCUCAGCUCAUGGGUACUUCAAUAACACUGGACACAAUGUGCAGUUUACCCUGGACUCCAGUAGCCCGACUGUCACCACAACCUUUUCCAAUGGACAAUAUCAGCUUAAACAAAUGCACAUGCACUGGGGUAAAACAACUGGGACUGGAUCCGAGCAUCGAUUUGAUGGAGACCAAACUGAAGUGGAGAUUCAUUUUGUGCACACACGCAUGACAACAGCGGGAACAACCAGCCAGAAUGGAUUUGCCGUGAUUGCUGUAUUUGCAGAAGUUAGUAGAGCUAGUGUGUCUGGAUUCUGGGCCAAAUUGGACCCCAGCCGAGUGCCGCAUGCUAAUAAGGAUGGCUUCAAAGUUUCCAACUUCAAGCUUUCCGAUGUACUUCCUUCACAUCUAAACAAUUAUGACUACUAUCACUAUGAUGGCAGUUUGACCACUCCUGAAUGCACUGAAGCCGUCCAAUGGUACUUAAUAGGAGAGCGAAUUAAAGUGCCUGCAGCUUACCUCACCUCUCUUCGCUCCAUCAAAGAUGAUGCCGGGAAAGUGCUGGACGCUAACUACAGACAAAUCCAAGCCCUCAAUAGUCGUAAGGUGGAUACCCCUGCAAUAUGCGGGAAAUCUCUGUCCAAGUGCUAGGCACUUAGUGGCCGCAGUGACUGGGUUUAGUUUUAGUUAUUAGUGAACUAUAGAUCUAGCUAGCAUUCCUUUACGCUUAUUUAGUAGCUCAUGGAGAACAUUGACAUUAAAUUUUGGUUGAAA